AUGGAGCUCGCACGUAUGAGCUUAUGGGCAAUUUGCUCGUGGAACCAUACUCUCCACUUCUGCCACUGGCAAGGAAUCAAAUGCGGUGGUCGACGGCAUCCUCAAAGGGUCACGGCCUUGAACCUCACUGGCCAAAACUUGGUGGGUUCCAUAUCGCCUUUCAUAGGGAACCUCACCUUUCUCAGGAUCAUCCAUCUCUCUGCCAAUAGCUUCUAUGGGACGAUUCCUGAAGAGAUUGGCCGGUUGUUCCGCUUGAGGUAUCUCCGUCUGACCAAUAACACAUUCACUGGAGAAAUUCCAACAAAUCUGACCCACUGUUUCAAACUCCGAGUUCUUGAUCUUUACGGGAAUCAGCUCACAGGGAGGAUUCCGACUGAGCUUGGCUCUCUAUCGAAGCUCACCUACUUAAUCCUUGGUCGCAACAGUCUUGCAGGAAGCAUCCCACCUUCACUUGGAAACCUUUCGUCUCUCACACUCCUUUAUCUCUCAAGAAAUAGUCCGGAGGGCAGCAUCCCAGAUGACCUUUGUCAGUUGGUGAGCUUAAAGUUUUUAGGCAUAAGUAUAAAUAAACUGUCAGGAACGAUUCCGCCUCGGCUCUACAAUCUCUCCUCUAUUGUCAUUUUUGCCGUGGGAUUUAACAGAUUGCAUGGAAAUCUUCCACCUAAUAUAGGCCUCACUCUUCCUAAUCUCCAAAGGCUCUAUGCUGGAGGAAACCAAUUCACAGGACCCAUACCAGUUUCAUUAUCCAAUGCUUCCCGACUUUUUCUUAUUGAACUUGAAAACAAUAGUUUUAGUGAAUCUGUGCCUCUGAAUUUUGGAAGCCCCAAAGGUCUCACCUGGUUCAAUUUGCGGGGCAACGAACUUGGAAUUGGAAAAGCUCGUGACUUGAGUUUUCUCGAUUCUUUGACCAAUUGCAGUAGCUUACAAAUGCUGGAUUUAAGCUUUAAUCAUCUCAGCGGCAUGUUGCCGGACUCCAUAGCUAAUCUUUCGACCCAACUGACAUGGCUAUCCUUUAAAAGUAACAGCAUAUUUGGAAGCAUCCCAUCUGGAAUUCAGAAUCUUGUCGGCUUAACAGUACUGAGGAUGAGGUAUAACUUUUUGACACGUACAAUUCCCAUUGGUGUUGGGAAGCUUAACAAGUUGGAGAAGAAUGGAGCCUCUGAUGGGCCUGGGGAGGUCAUCCUGGAUGAGAUAGAGCUUGUUUGGGGCACCCCCACUUGCCAAUUUGGCCAGACCGUUAGCUACAAAGUUCCCUUCCCUGUAGAUGAAGCAGAAUCGGAUAUUAAGGGCCUGGGCAAAAUUCCAAGCUGGCUAGGCAAUUGUCUCAGCCUAGAGUAUCUCGUGUUAGAUGGGAACUUCUUUCAAGGAUCAAUUCCAUCAACACUAGCACUUCGAUACCUGGAUCUUUCACGCAACAAUUUAUCUGGGAAGAUACCAAGAUAUCUGGAGAAUUUUGCUCUAGAGUAUCUAAAUCUAUCCUUCAAUAAUUUUGAGGGUGAAUUACCAAAACAAGGGUUCUUUGGAAAUGCCAGUCGGGUUUCAGUUUCUCGGAAAUGCCAAGCUUCCACGAAACGGGGGAACUCUCUUGCUUCAAAAGUCAAAUUCUCAGUAAUUGGUGCUAUCCUGUGUCUUAUAUCAUUUUUAUCUUUCUUUACCACUCUCCAUUGGGUAAGAAAGUCGAGAAGGAAACUUUUUUCUGUGUCUUCGGUGGAGGAUCCUUUUGUGAACGUGUCUUAUGUGAAGCUCUUUAAAGCAACAGAUGAGUUCUCUCUUGCCAAUUUGAUUGGAACUGGAAGUUUUGGUGCUGUAUAUAAAGGGAUUCUAGAUCGUGUUGGGACUAUGGUAGUAGUGAAAGUCUUCAACCUUCAACGACAAGGAGCUCUGAGGAGCUUCAUGGCUGAAUAUUUAAAGCCAAGCAACAUUCUUCUUGAUGAUGACAUGAUUGCUCUUGUGGGUGAUUUCGGGCUAGCCAGGUUCUUAUCUGAGGUUGCUCAAAGCAGCUCAGUUGGGAUGAAAGGAUCUAUUGGGUACAUCGCUCCAGAGGAUGCGAUGGGCGGAAAAGUAUCUACACAGGGAGAUGUUUACAGCUACGGAAUCCUUCUACUGGAGAUGAUCACUGAGAAGGGGCCAACUGAUGACGUAUUUAAGGACAAUCUAAGCCUUCAUCAUUUUGCUAAGUUGGCUUCAGCUGAACGAGUAAUAGAGAUUGUUGAUCCACAACUGCUCUUAGAAGAAGCUGAAGCUAUUCAAGGUGGAGGCUGUGGGGUAGGGCUUGGCCUAUGGUGGGGCUUUGGCACUGCAUUUGGUAGUCACUACCGGACUGCUGAGGUCAAGUUCCAGGGCUUUGAUUUCAACAGGAAAGAUGAAAGCGGUGGAAGAGAAGUAACGGGUCCAGCAAAGCAGGUCGGGGAGAUUAAAGCGUCACACCAAGUCUAA